UAUUUUGUAUAGAUACUCAUUAUUUUUGUUUCUCUUCGGUUACAUGUUUAAUUAUAAUUUUUGACUUAAUCUUGAAUGCCUUAUAGAUGUAGAAUCCAAUGUAGACGUGAUUAGAUGUAACAAUUUACCAAAAACGGCUUUUGCAAUAUUUAUUUUUGGCGUGUGCGUGAUACCAAUUCUUACCGUUUUGAGAACUGCCAGAAAAAUGUUAACUCUAAAACUUCACAAUCAAAUAUCAUCAAAAUUCAGUGUUAAAGAUUCUACUGUAAUUGGUUGUAUCAGUCCACUUCAAGGGGAUGUCAGAAGUAGUAGAUAAGAGUGAAAGUAAUCAGAAUAAUCACCACAACAAUAGUGCCAGCAACAAUAACUUGUACUUGAUUGAUUCUAAUGUUUACACAACUACAAAGCCAUCACCACUAGAUAAUAUAUUGUCCCUAUAUGGGUUAGAGCCAAUAGCUAAGUCAUUGGCAAGAGCUAAUCCAAAUGGAACAAAGGGGGUCAAGCUAAGAAAGUCAUAUAAAAAUCACAUUCAAGAUUUACCUGGAAAACAUCAAAUAGCACCAGGAAAGCAAAUCCCUGGUAGUCUACUAGAUCCAACAAUCAGUCAAGCACCAGAUAUCAUUAAGGAGUUAGAUCCAGAACUUUUAGGGCGGGCCUUGAAGUUCGAGAAGACUUCCAUUAACGGUAUACCCGGUUUUGAAACGGCAGAUUUAGCUAUUAAUGAUCAACAUAAUUUAAUGAGAGGUGAUGAUAUGUCUGAAAAUGAUGAAUAUGGAAAGAAAGGUAAACGUAAGAAGAAGAUACAGGCCAAUGGUGGCGAUCCAAAGAGACCCCAUAUAUGAUAGAGAAAUGCUUACAACGUCAAGCAGAAUAACCAAAGAGAUUUUGUUUUUAUAAUAAUAAUACAAAGUUGAAACAUAAUCUAAUUAUAUUUUAAAAAAAAGUUGAAUUUCUGAA